AUGCGGAAGGGGAUGCGCCGUGGUCCAGGCACCGCCGGUGGUGGCGGAUUAUUGAGAAAACAGCUCCUCAGAGACAUAGAAAGUUGUUCCAACAAGUACUAUACCGCCGACGAGCUUGUGAGUCACCUCCGAUCCAAGUACCGGACCUACGAACGGAAAAACCUUCGCGAGUUGACCAGACUAGUAGACGAAAUACUCCAGGAAACUAAAAACGGUAAGAAAUUGAAACAUUCUAGUUUUAACAGUGACAAUUGUUGUGGUAGUGGUGAUGAUAGUAGUGAUAAUUGUACUGUGCAAAAGAAGGGGAAAAAGAGGCAUAUAAUGGAUGAUAUGAGAAAUUCUGUUGGGUCCACUGUGUCUACUUCGGACGUGGAGGAGUUUUCAACAGCUGAUGAUGUGGUUUAUGGGGAGGAGUAUGAGCCUAAGUUUGAUUUGAUGAAGUCUCAGUUGAGGGAAAGGUAUUGUGGGGAAAGAGCUGGGAAGGAAAAUGGAAGGGGAGCAGUAGAAUUGGAGGUUGAUAAGAAUACUGCCCGUAAGGAGGUUCAGAAAGUUGUUUUGCUUGAAGAAAGCAGAAAUCAGGACUCGAGUGUGGCGAGAAAGGAUGAUGGGAGAAGGAGUGAUGAAGGGGUUGGGAAUGGGGGGCCAUUGUUUAAGGAUUUUGGUGGAAUGGAUAAAGUGUUGGAUGAUCUCAUCAGGAAUGUAAUUGUGCCUCUGUUUCAUCCCCACCUGCCUCAGCAUCUUGGAGUUAAGCCGAUUUCUGGAAUUUUGUUGCACGGCCCGCCAGGAUGUGGCAAGACUAAGCUGGCUCAUGCUAUCGCCAAUGAGACUGGUCUUCCUUUUUACAAGAUAUCUGCCACUGAAUUGGUCUCUGGUAUCUCAGGUGAAUCAGAAGAAAACAUAAGAGAUCUGUUCGCUAAAGCAUACAAGACAGCUCCUUCAAUUGUUUUUAUUGAUGAGAUUGAUGCUAUAGCAUCCAAAAGGGAAAAUCUGCAACGAGAAAUGGAGAGGAGGAUUGUAACACAGUUGAUGACAUGCAUGGACGAAUCACAUCGACCUGGCAAACCUGCUGAUGGAGAUUCAGAUUUAGUGAACUCAAACGCCAGACCUGGACAUGUUUUAGUGAUCGGAGCUACAAACAGGCCUGAUGCUGUUGAUCCUGCUUUAAGAAGGCCUGGACGAUUUGACCGGGAAGUUUCUUUGGGUGUUCCAGAUGAAAAUGCUAGGAUCGAGAUUCUCUCUGUAGUUGCACGAAAUCUGAAAGUUGAGGGUAAUCUGGAUCUAUUGAAGAUAGCGAGGGCAACUCCAGGAUUUGUUGGGGCCGACUUGGUUGCACUUGCAAAUAUGGCAGGCUAUCUUGCAAUGAACAGAACCUCAGACCUAAGAGAAGCUGAGCUUUCAAGAAGUAAUGCGAAUGGGGAACAUUGUAAUCACUGGUGGAAGCAAACUUGGUCGCUGGAAGAGAUUGAAAAGUCAAGUAUCACCAUGGCUGAUUUUGAGAAAGCAGCUGGGAUGGUUCAACCUUCUUCAAGGAGGGAAGGGUUUUCCGCAAUUCCGAAUGUUAAAUGGGAUGAUGUUGGAGGGUUACAUCAUUUGAGACAGGAGUUAGAUCGUUAUAUUGUUAGGCAUAUCAAGUUUCCAGAGUAUUACGAGGAUUUUGGAUUGGAUCAAGAGAUGGGAUUUUUGCUCUAUGGUCCUCCAGGGUGUGGAAAAACAUUAAUUGCGAAGGCUGUUGCCAAUGAAGCUGGAGCAAAUUUUAUACAUAUCAAGGGACCUGAACUUCUGAAUAAAUAUCUUGGUGAAAGUGAGUCGAGGGUCCGAACCAUCUUCCAGCGUGCAAGGACAUGUCCUCCCUGCAUACUUUUCUUUGAUGAGGUGGAUGCUUUGACCACAAAUCGUGGGAGAGAAGGGGGACGAUCUGCUGAUCAAGUGUUGAACCAGCUACUGAUAGAGUUAGAUGGUGCUGAUCAUCGAAAGGGGGUAUAUGUCAUUGGUGCCACCAAUAGGCCUGAAGUGAUGGACAAUGCUCUCCUCCGACCCGGAAGGUUUGGAAAACUUGUGUAUGUACCUCUUCCUAAUGCAGAAGAGCGUGGUUUAAUCCUCAAAUGUCUUGCAAAGAAGAAGCCUAUAGAUACCAAUGUGGAUUUGAUGGCCGUAGGAAGAGACUGCUGUCAAAAUCUUAGUGGAGCUGAUCUCUCUGCUUUGAUGAACGAAGCUGCUAUGGCUGCCAUGGACGAUGCACUUGUUUCUGAUCACAAUAGUUCAGGCGGCAGCACUCGACGAACAAUCAAAUAUGAACAUUUUAAGCGGGCACUGGAGAAAAUAUCCCCAUCCGUGUUAGACGAAAGUGGGUUUUCUCCUUUGGGAGAACCUGAGGGAGUUGCAUUAAGGGUGUGCACUGUGCAGGAGCCAGAACAAAACCAGGGAGCAAAUAAGGGCUGGAUGGGAACUCUGUUAAAAACGUACGUCGGUCUGGUCUUAACGUCGACCCACCCAUCGCCUUUAAUAAUGCACAGAAGGUCAAAAUCGUGA